CUGGCCCCGCAGGCCGGAAGAGGCCGCGCAUCCUUACAGGCGAAGCAGCGGCUGCGCGCGGAGGAAAGAGCUGCACGGGCGGGAACUCCGAAAAAUGGCGCAGAGCCGCAGGUCGGACCAGAGUCGCUCUUUCGAGGUCUGGGGGCUCUUGCGGCCGCUGAAACCGGAGGAAGAAAAGGCGGCUCCCGAGGACGGAGAUGCAGAGAGCAACGACGACGAGGACGACGACCCUGACCCGGAGGAUUUCGAAGAUGUUUUCGGUGGCGCGAACCAGGAGCUGCUUCACAGACCGUCGCGCAAGACCCUUAAAAUUCAGGAUAAAGCAUCCCAAGAGACAUACCAAGUGAUUGGACGGUUUCCAUUGGUUGAUCCCUGGUGGAAAGUGAAUGCCAAACUUACACGGUCUCAAUCAAAGUACUAUAUGAAGAGCUACCCAUCUUAUUUUCUGCAGCCUGAUGCAGGGAAAGAUAUUAUUUCACUGUUCUUUGAAGAAUGUAAUGUCCCACCGUUAUUUCGGGAUGCAUUCUUUGAAUGGUUUCCUAAAGAGUCUUUAAACUUUGCACAUCUUGAAAAAACACUGAAGCAGUUUCAGGAGUCAAAACUUCAGGAAGGAGCGAUAUCUGCAAAUACCCAAAGUCAAACGUGUACGGAUACCAAAAACUUUGACAUUUUUCAUUACGUUAAGGAGUCAUUUGCAGGUAAAGCUGUACUAGUAGCCUUGGCCUUUCCGAUUAUAUUGGAAUUAAUGCCGCUGCUUCUGCCACGAGCUGUUUCUUGUUGCAUUGAAAAGUUGGACUGGAGCAAAAUACAUGCUGAAGAUUAUACAUUGACAAAAUUGGAUAAAAUCUUGAAGGAAGAGCCAUGGAAACUUGGAUUCGGAGAAAUAAUGAAAAGAGAGCUGCAUACUUACUUUGGUGAGGCAUCUUGGAAGGCCAUACGAGAGUGCAGACAUAUUCUUGAGAAGAUUCCCGAUUUGCAGAAGAAUGCACUAAUGGUAUAUGAAAAGCUCAAACACAGCUGUGCAGAAUUGGGACAUACGUAUGAAGAACAGCGUGAACUGACACGUAUGGUAUCAAAGAAUAUGCCCGUGGAACAUGCCUGGGAAUCGAUUAAAUUUAUGAAAGAUGAAAACAUUGUGGUUACCGAGAGAGAGCUUGUGUUCCUUCCCCAUUUGUUCAAUUCUGAAAAGCAAAUUGCAACUUCUGUAUGUGAGCUCAGCAAUAAAACCCCAUGGCGGCUGCGUGCCGAUCCGAAAAAGGUACUUAAUGGAAGUGCACAUGCUACUAACUCGAGAGACGUUAAAAGUGAAAUAAACGAUGAGGAACCUUGCGCAGUGGACCAAAAGGAGCCUGGCAAUUCCUCAGAUGUGCAAGAAAACUCCAACCCCGAUUCCGACUUUGAAGAACCCGAGAAGGAAUUGAAACGCAAUGUAGAAGUAGAUCCAGAUCAGGAGAGUGCUAUAGAACUGAUCUGUUCCAAUCCAGUGACGAUCAUAAGUGGGAAAGGUGGUUGCGGGAAAACAACAAUAGUUACCCGCCUUUUCUGCUAUCUAAGCAAGGCAGAAAAUAAAGAAGCUAUAAAUGCCUGUAAAGAUUUUGAAGCUGACCUCGAUGCACCUGAAGAAUGGAAUACUGGUUCUUCCGGCCUUUCUUCCAACAUGAUUCAAUGCAGAAACGAAUCUUUAAAUGUUUUAUAUACAGCACCUACAGGGAGGGCAGCUUCUCUCUUGUCUGAUAAAACAGGGCGACCUGCUUAUACUCUGCAUCAGGUUACCUACAGUUUCUCUAAAUGGAGUGAAAGUAAAUGCAAUCAAUGGACAUUUUCUUCAGUAAAUGUCUUGGUUGUAGACGAAGGAAGUAUGGUGCCUGUGAGAAUGCUUAGCAGGGUUUUACAACUCUUGUUGCACCAUGCCCGGCUUGCGAAGAUUAUUAUUCUUGGUGAUGUUAGGCAGUUACCCAGUAUUGAGCCUGGUAAUAUGCUGGCCGAUAUUUUUGAGAGUCUUCAGUCAAGGGGCUGGUCUAUAGAACUGAAAACUAACCACAGGGCUGAGUCACAGUUAAUUGUGGAUAACGCAACAAGAAUCUCUAAGCAGAAAUACCCAGAGUUUGAUGAAGUGCUAAGGAUGUCGGAAGAGAACAAAACGUGGGCCGUGCCAAGUGCUGAAAAGAAAUUUAUUUUUGUUGCUUUACCUCCUGGAGAUGGCAGUCACUAUUUGCAAUAUGCCAUUGAAGCUUUGCUUAAAAACGGGCCGGGACUCCAAGAUCCUAAGCAGUCACAGUUCAUUGCUUUCAGAAGGAAGGACUGUGACAUCAUAAAUGAAAUCUGCUGUAAGCACUACUCGGGGCACCCAACGCGAAACCAUAAAAAUCGGCUGCAAUUUUUGUGUGGUGACAAAAUCUGUUCCACAAAGAAUGCGUAUAUGAAAGAUCUUCUCGCAAAAGACUCCGUUACUUGUGAUGCUGAUGAUGACCGUAAUAACAAUUAUGAUGAUAAGCGGUUGUGCAAUGGAGAAAUAUUCUUCAUUAAAGAGGAUAAGGAAGUCGAUCGUCGCCGUUUCCUGACUAUUGGCAUAACUGAUGGACCUGAGUAUGUCAUGCAUUAUAGAGCCCUUCAGAAACACUCUAAGAUAAAGCAUGCCUGGGCCAGAACUAUUCACACAUUUCAGGGUUCUGAGGAAAAUACUAUUGUAUAUGUUGUUGGCGAUACACCUCACCAGAACUGGCAGCAUGUAUACACAGCUAUCACUAGAGGACGUUGCCGAGUCUAUAUUAUUGCUGAAGAAGCCAAACUCCAAGCAGUCAUUGCUAAAAAGAGUUUCCGCAGGAAAACACGUUUAAAAGCGUUCAUGAAAGAUGCACUUGCAGAAGAAACUGAUGUUUCCGAGCAAACAUCACCUCAAAAGAGCUGGCAGAGUCAGCAAGAGAAUGACACGUGUGACGUUGCUUCUCGUUCUGGAAAUAGUCGAGGGGAACCUGCUGUUUCUCAUAAAAUGGAAGUUGACGAUGCAGUUGUUGAACCGGCUGGUACCGCAGAGGAAACUUCGGGUGAACUCAGAAGGCAAUGUACACUUCCAGAUGAUUGCUCAAGUCCUUUGAAAGUAACAGAAAAUAACUCCCCGCUUGGAACUACCAAACUUCAAAGCUUGACACUGAAAAGUCCACAUGCCAAGCAGCUUUUCCCGCCCUAGCAAGUAUAUUCUAUACCUAGAUGCUUCAUGCUCUGCUAUGUCUUUUAUUUUUUUAGAAUAUAUUUAGAUAGAAUAUAUUUAGUGUUCGUGGACUUUUGAAAACAUUUUGC